ACCUUCUGCCAACAAAUGGCUAGAGGUUUCGGUCCAGCAGUUCUUGUGCUGCACACGCAACAUAACUGGCUGAUCCUCUGUUCAGUUACGAUGAAACCAUCCAAAAUGAUCGGCGGCGAUUAUUCUCUAGAGCUGAACAACAUUUUUCAUACGGGCCAGGUGGAGCCCGCCUCAUGUUUCCAAAGGUUGUUCGGGUCCGUGCAGACCGGGCUCAUACUCAAAGAUAUCACGUUGGAAGUUCGGGCUGGCGAAGUGAUGGCCAUACUUGGAUCAAAAGGUAGUGGUAAACGAGCACUUUUAGAAGUCAUUGCCAGACGAAGUAAAGGACUGUCUCGCGGUCAAAUCCUCUUGGACGGGAGGCCUCUUACACAAGCUAUGUUUAACCAGUGUUGUGCGUAUGUUGGCCACCGAGCUGAUCUUGUCCCAUCGUUAUCUGUACAACAAACGCUACACUAUGCAGCAAAUUUAUCUAUUGGCUCACAGGUCAGUGGUUACGUUAAAGACUCUAGGGUCAGACAGGUGUUAGCAGACUUGGCGCUAAGUCAAGUAGCCAGACACAGUGUAGAGGCGUUGACCGAAGGCGAGUACAGACGACUAGUGAUCGGGACGCAAUUAGUCAAAGAUCCAGUGUUAUUGUUAUUGGACGAACCAACCGCUGGAUUAGACCCGCUGACUACGUACUUAGUCGUGUCUAUGGUCAGUAGCCACGCUAAGCGCAGAGGGAGGGCUGUAAUACUCACUAUGGAAAAACCAAGAUCAGAUGUUUUUCCAUUUCUCGAACGCGUUGCUUACUUGUGUUUGGGUGACUUAGUUUACGCGGGACCAACUAGAAUGAUGUUGGACUAUUUUCGAGCGGUUGGAUUUCCGUGUCCAGAAAUGGAAAAUCCACUCAUGUACUAUCUGUGUUUGUCAACGGUGGAUCGACGAUCUCGCGAGAGGUUUGUCGAGUCAAAUGCACAAAUCGUGGCACUGGUGGAGAAGUUUAAAAUGGAAGGGGCGCCCUACAGGAAAUCGUCUGCAAUGUCUGUGCUCCUCGGGUCACCGCCCAGUGACCACCAACCCAACUCACAUCCGUAUCCAUAUUCGGCACAGGGGUCUUCGACCACACAAAUCGGAAUGACGUUGUAUCAACGCCAGUUCGCUUCCACAUUCGGAUGUUCCUGGCAAGCUCUGUUCUACUUGUCAGCACGACUCAUCGCCAUGCCAAUCGCAUUCCUGUUGAUUUGGAUGUUUUAUCGCGAUAUAAAGGACUACCAGACAACGUUUAUGUCCCGCAGUGGUCUGCUGUUGACGUGCAUAACUACGACGUAUUUGACUUCUAUAUUUACUACAGCGUACACAUACGCUCCUCACAGGACACGAUACUAUCAGGAAAAUCAAGACGGCACGUACAACGGACCACUUUUCCUCGUCAGUUAUUUCACUUUCUCGUUGCCGCUCGCUUUUCUCACCGUGUUCGGAUCGUCGGCCAUACUGCACCACCUGAUGAAGUUCGACGACUGGACAGAAUUGAGUCUGUUUGCGGCCGUGCUGUUGAGCUGCUACUUGUUCGCUGAACAGCUAGUCGUUGCUGUGAUGGCCGUAUCCAGGAACCCUUACAACACCAGCGUGUUUUGUAUAUACAUCAUCAGCGUCAUGAUCGUGCUGGGCAGCGGAAUGCUAAGAUCUUACCGUGGCAUGUCGGAGUGGCUGUCGUGGGUGACAUACGCCACGCAGACCAGGUACGUCGGCGCCUAUCUGACGGCCCAGGCUUUCGACGGCCGCCAACAGUACACCGGGUUACCGCAGAGCGCGGCGCAGAACUGUUCUAUACUAGCGGCCGAGCCGUUCGCGUGUCGGUACCCGGACGGGGCUUCCUACGUCAACGAGCGGUAUCCGGCCACAGUGGCCGACCCGCAGAUCAAUUUGGUCGCAAGCUUCGUGUUCCCGGUAGCCGCCGCAGUGUUCAACGUCCUGCUGUACGUGGCCCCGUUGCCGUCCUACGUCAAGGCCAAGUUCAGAGAAUGAAUAAUCGAGGCUUACACCACUAUACCCUCCCACAACACCGUCCCUACCCCGUGGUCCGGUUAGCGUCCGAAGCGGCAGAGUAACGCGACAGAGGGGUCGACGUUAGGUACCAAAAGGCCGGAGGGCCGGCUCCCUGUCAAAGCAUUUCAAAUACCGUUCUCUAUACCAUCAUAUUCUAAUAUAUUAUACUCAUACCUACCCACGAAACCAAACAGAAUUGAUUUUGAAUUAAUGUGGCAUCUAAAAUAUAUUGUAAUAUGUAGGUACUGCCGGUACAGGGUACUAUUUACUAAUGUCAACUCGGCACACACUAAGAGUAAUUACGCAAACAAGAUUAUUCUUAGUGUAGUGGACGAUAUAGUUAUUCGCAGUAUGAUAUUAAAGAAUAAUACAAUCUUCUGUUUGAAUGUUCCUUCAAUUUUUGUACUCGUUGUAUCAUUUGUGACUAAUGCACUUGCAUCACAUACUUUAUCAUUGUUAAAUGAAUACAAUUUUUUUUAAAUAUAUAUUUUUAUAAUACAUA